CAGCGUUUCUUUUUGUAUUUUAGUGCCUCUUAGUUGUCUAACAUGGCUUCAUAUCUGUCUGUCCGACCGCUUGUAGAAAUUGCACGUAGAGCAUUAAAAACUACUUAUAAUUUAACGGAAAAUCAACAAGAACAUAUAUUUUAUAUUCCGUUAAAUUCGAAAAAGGCUUUCGUAGAAUACAGGUUAAGUGAUAACGUUUAUGAACUCCAUUAUACUUUUGUACCUGAUGAUUAUAAAGGUAAAGGGAUUGGAAAAAUUUUGGCAGAGAAAACAUUCGACUACAUUGCAAGCAGAAAUAAGAAAAUGUCAAUUAGCUGUGAUUUCUUGAAGAAUGUUUACGAGAAGAACAAGGACAAGUAUAAAGAGUAUUACGUCGAAAGCAAUUAGUUUUAUUAAUUCGUUCCGUUGUUGUCAUUUAAGAUGGAUGAAAUUUUGUUAAAGGGCAAAGUGUACUAUUAUUCGCGCGAAAAACUAUAUCAUUCAAUGUUGCAAGCAUGCGAAGAAGGUGUAAAUAAAUUCAAAGGGAACCUCUCUUUUAACUUCUAUAGGGCCGUUGCCCUUUUGCUGUGCAAUCGUUUCCACGAAAGCGUUCCCAAGUUACAAACUCUUCAAUUGGAGGACGAUUUUCGGUUAGCUUCACUUUUAGCCUUAGUUUACAUUUACGAGGUCGGUGAAUUGAAAGAUGCCAGUAUUUUUCCUCAUCUUUACUCACAGAUAGAGGACUGUAAAUUAACAGCGAAUUCUGAAGAUUUGAUGGAAUCCGCGUACGUUUCUUUCCUGUUCGAAAACUACCAAACGGCUUAUGAGUAUGUCACAAAAUCGAUCAAACUCAAUCCGACAUACUACAACUUGGUGCUUAAAGGAUGGAUCGAGUUGCGAUUGUCAGAAAUCGAUUUUAAAAUUUCUUACAAGCCGAGGGACUCCUUUGAGAUGGCCCUUGAGAAGGAAGGUGGCAUGGACGCGAUCAUUGGAUUGUCGAAGUGCUUUUGUAAUACCGGAAAGUACGAAGAAGCCCUAAGUCUCCUCAAUAAGGGCUCAUCCCAGUAUUUUGAUGCCGAUUUCCACCUGGUGCAGAAGUUGGAGGUCUUCUUCGUGUCUCAAAAUUGGGAACAGUUUGCUGAAGUGUACAGACGCCUGCAGGAUACUGAGAAACCGCACUUGGAGUCCAUGAAUCUCCAUAUUGUAAAGCUGAUUUGCGUGGAUUCCAACUAUAACGAAGCUGCAAGUUGCAUCGACGAAAUGAUGAAUUAUGUGGAGAAGUUGGAACCGAAAAAUUCCGCAUUUUUAAACGAUUGCGCAAAAUUGUAUUCGCGAAUCUGCGAUAGGAGUAUCAUCAUACUGACAAGAUCAUUUAGGCUAAUCGAAAUGGCCGUUCAGAUCUCCCCCAAUAAACACGAAUAUUUGGCGGAAUUAGGUUAUCAGUGUUAUCUUCAAGGAAAACUCCAGGACGCGAUUAGAUACUAUAAGCUCGCUGUCAAAAUAAACGAAUCCUCUGUUUCUGCAUUGACGGAGAUGACUUUGUGUGAGUUAAAUUUAAACGGAAAAACGAAUCAAUUGGUGAGUCAAAUAGAGUUUCUUCUAGAGAUCCAGGAGACUGAGUCAACAUUACUUCAGUACUUGGCUUCAAAAAUAGCAAGUAGUUCUGCCGAAUCCAAGAAUUUACUUAGAAAAGCUCUCGAAGGACAAGUAAAGAAGGUCGAGAAUUAUUCCUUCUCUACAAGAUACCUUCGUGUCCUAGAUCCAGAUUUUCUAUUGGUUCUCGUUAACGAAAUGUUAAACACUCUUCAAAACACGUCGGAAGAUGAACAUAAAAUAGCUGCCGAUCCCGACAUAUUAUUUCUUAUUGAAAUAAUUAAAGGUGCAGUAAAAGCCUGUCCGGGAUUCUUUUCCGCGACAUUUUUACUCGCCAAAUUGAAUUACAUGGCUGGAAAACUGACCGAAACUCAGAAUAUUUUAAAUCGGAUAAUAAACGAUUUAAAGAAUACCUCCAGCAAUACCUACCUUUUGCUUGCACAAACCCAGAUCAAACAAGGAUGCCACGAAUCUGCUAUGCACAAUUUGGAAAUGGGUCUAAGUAACGACUUUACAAUACGAGACAGUGCGCUGUACCAUUUUCUUAUGGGAAACGUAUCAACCAAACACGAAAAGUACGACGAAGCAAUUAAACAUUUAAAGACAGCUCUGAAACUCUUCAAUUCCAAAAAUAAAUCUUUAUCUGAUUCAAUGCCAACGCUACUGAAGAGGGUGACCGUAUACAAAGAGUUGGUGCAAGUUUACCUGAAGACCAAUCAGUUCAACAAAGCUGCCGAUCUGUUGCAAGAAGCUGUGGAAGAGUUCAAGGAAACUCCCGAUGAAUCCAGUGUAUUUCUGAUGAGUGCCGAUUUUGCCUUGAUGAACGGGGAGACAAGGACUGCCAUUAACAUGUUGGAAAAAAUCGCACCCGACGACCCAUGUUAUGUUCAAGCAAAAAUUAAACUGGCAUCCAUUAUGUUGGAUAAAAGACGAGACAAGAACGCUUAUUUAAACUGCUACAAGGAAGUGGUACAUAAUAGCAGAUCUGCAGAAGGUUAUGUUCUACUGGGGGAUGCUUAUUUAAACAUAUUAGAGCCUGAAGAAGCAAUUAAGGCUUACGAAAAAGCCUUAAAGGUGAGUCCUAACGAUCCCAAUUUGACAUCGCGAAUGGGAAAGGCUCUCGUAUUGACGCAUCGAUACAAGAAAGCUUGCGAGUUUUACAAAAGUGCCAUAAAAUCUACCGACAACAAAGCAUUGAAAAUCGAACUAGCAGAAUUAUUUAUACAGAUCAAUGAUAUGGACACGGCUGAAGAGUUCCUCACAUCGGAAAUGUCGAGGGAAGAAAGCAAAAAUGACGACAAUAUAGACGCCCUAAAGUACAAAACGAAGCUUUCAAAUUUACUAGCAGAAAUCCAGAUACAGAAGAAUAAUAUCGAUGGAGCAUUGGAAACUCUGAAAGGUGCAGUUGCCAAUCAAGCGAAGAUCAGGAGGAAGUUGGCUUUUGAACAGACGGAUGUUCCCGAAGAAGAAAUAAAUUUGGCAAUAGAACUGGACCUGAAAAUAGCUAACCUUUACCUCUCGCAGUGCGAGUACAAUCAAGCAAUUAUGUAUCAAAAGGAUGCGCUCACCCUGAAGCAGAAUAACAAGGAUGUGUUGACGAUUCUGGCUAAAACUUACGUUCAGAUUAACGAAAUGGAAAGAUGUAAUGAGAUCUGCAACGCUCUUCUGAAAUUGGAACCAGACAAUGAAACUGCUCUAAUACUAUUAGCAGAUAUCGCUUUCCACAAAGUGGAUUUUGAAACAGCCAUGGCUAACUUUUCCAAUUUAGUCAGCAAGAAUCCGACAAACUGGAAAGCAUUGGAACGACUAAUUGAAACGCUUAGGCGAUUAGGAAUCACUGAACAAGCAUCACAGUAUCUCGAAAAAUCAGAACAGGCUUUAGAAUUUCCUAGCAAAAAUACAGGAUUUUGUUACUGUUCGGGUCUGUAUCAUUGGUACUUGGGAAAUCCGAAUGUUGCACUCAAGAGCUUUAACAAUGCCCGCCAGGAUACUGAAUGGAGCAAAAACGCCCUCGUAAAUAUGAUAGAAAUAUGCUUAAGUACGGGAGACGAAAUACUUGCAGAUAAUUUAAAUAUGGACGACCUGGAGUAUAAAGAUUCAAGAACCAUGGCUUUGAAAACUGCGGAGAGACUUCUAAAGGAACUGAAGCAGCAAACCAUAAGAGAACCAGAGUACAAACUGAAAUUCAGGUUACUUUCCAAUUUUCAUCUUUUGGCUUAUAAGGAAAGGACUCAAAUAGAGGCAGCUCUAGAGAAUUUUGUGACAAUGGCGUCGGAAGAUGCUCUCAAAGAGCAUGUUGGGGUGGUUUUGGGCUUAGCCUCUGCCUACACUCUUCUAAAACAAUCCCAAAGGGCCAAAACACAACUCAAAAGGUUAUUCAAACAUAACUGGACGUACGAGGAAGCGGAGUAUCUGGAAAGAUGUUGGAUCCUUCACGCCGAUUAUCAUAUGCAAUCGUCGAAAUACGAUUUAGCUUCAGAUUUAUUAAAAAAGGUUUUGAAAUACAACAAAUCAUGUGUAAAGGCUUACGAGAAUUUGGGCCUGAUCAGUGAGAAGGAACAGAGUUAUAAGGAGGCUGCCAAUUAUUAUGGAAAUGCUUGGAAAUUGGGCGGAAAAUCAAAUCCCGCAGUUGGAUACAAACUUGCUUUUUGCUUCAUGAAGUGUAAGAAAUACGCAGAUGCCAUAGAAACAUCCCAAACUGUACUCUCACUUGAUCCAAACUAUCCAAAAAUCAAAAAAGACGUUUUGGACAAAUCACUUAAUAAUUUGAGAACUUGAACCAUUAUUCACUGAUGUUGUAAUUCGAAAUAGUACAGUCAAUGUAUUGUAUGUAAAUAGUUUCGUUUUUAUUAGAUGAAAUAAAAUAUUUUUGCACAA